GGGGGAAAGAAAACCCGGCCCCUCUUACACCACCCCGACUCUUUGGCAUUCAGCGUCAGCAAAAACCCUAAUGUGAUCAAGAUGGAAGUUGUCUAUGGACUUUUCACUGCUCCCCGGCUUUCUGCCUGUCUUUGGGGGCUUCAUUGCCUAUCCGACAGUUUUACAACGAAGAUACUGUCUGGAGUCCAGAAAAUGGCUUGCAGAAACCAAGACUAAGGACUGCUUACAAGAUAAAGCGAAUGUCAAGACACUUGGAAAGAGAUGGGUUCAUAUUACCCAAACAUGGACGGAUUGCUUUUGGUGGAUGAAUGAAAAGGCAACUUGCAAAACAUCCUUGUAUAACUGUACUCAUAGCAAAUCCUUGAUCUUCAACCUAUUUGUUGGAUUAUCACUUGGUGUUUAAUAGCUAAAUAUACAUCUGCUGGAUUAUACAGUAAAGAACUUGUCAACACUGGAGAAUCGACAAGAAGUAACAGUUGUUACUCCAGCAUGAAGUAUCUGAAAGGUUUUUUGGCAAGUUGAAGUAAUAACUGCUUUGGGACAUUUUUGUGACCUCCCUUGCUUAACUAAUAACCAGGUGGAGGUUCAUGUCAGACGGUGCAGAUGGCAGUUGGUACCAUCCAGCUCUACUUCUGAGGACACAAAAGCAGAUCUGGUUCUCCAUCUUCGCCUGGCGUCAAAAGCAGCUCUAUGGGAUAGCAUUGGCUGGCCACCAUGCCGGUAGCCAUACGGAAAAGAAGUUGGGAGGAGCACGUGACUCACCCUUCAGGAUUACAGUACAGCUAUGAUGAUCUGGAUCUGGUCUGCUGUCAUGGAGUUGACAGCGAGGGGCCUUGGAUGGGAGCAGGGGCUUCCACAACAGGUCGACGGACAAGGUGUGCCUCUAUGCCAGAGGGGUGCCAUCAACUGCCCUCAGAGGACAUCUCUCAGACACUUGAAAUGACAGCUUCUGUUGCAAAUGACGAUACUGAAUCAGAACAGUUGAAGCUAAUGGAAAACAAUGAAAAAGUUCUGCUGGAUUUGCAGGAGUCAUUUCAUGACUUGGUGGAUGUUGACAUUCCCCAAAGGAACUGUGUAUCAGAUCAUCUCCAAACUGCAAGCAAGGGGAAUUCUGGAAAGUUUCACUGUAACUCAAACAGUGGGAUGUCUACUGCAAAUAUUUCUUCUGCAGCUGAUAGCAGCAGUCACAGUGGGAAAACUAUCAGCGGAAAAGGUGAAGUUCGCACAGAGAGUCGCCAGAGUCUCGACAUCUGCGAUGACGAUAAUGUCUUUAAAAUGCCACAUAUCUCGCGUGAAGAGCAACAAUGCAUCUCUAUCUCCUCAGACAAUGGGCUUUCACUGUCUGAAUCUGCUGGUGAGCAGCCUGGCAGACUUCCAAAUCAUCAGGAAACAAAGGAGAGCCAUACAGAGGGUUACAGGAGACCUCCUGAAAUCUCUGAGGCCACACUAAAGCGGUCCUCUGCUGCUGAACUGGAACCUCAAACUGACCUCCCAGAUGUUGAGGAAGAGAAGAUUUCCACCUCUGAGAAUGCCGGUGCAAAUGUAAACUUACCUGUUGGUGUGCUUCACAGUUCAGUUGAUAUAAUGGAGGGUGGUGAUAUGAUGUCACCGGUUAACAAAACUGUGGAACCAGUUGUGACUUUAGUGGUAGACAGAGAAAGGGACCGAGGAGUAACUGAAAGCUGGAGCGCUAAUUCUGCUGACAAGCUGGAUAAAUCAAAUGACCUAGAAACUUUAAAUGAAAAUACAGGACUUAAACAUCACUCAAGAGACAUUCGAGGAGGAGAGCAAGAUCGUCAUGACCGCACUAGGAUAUUGGAUCCGGCUCAUGGUUGUGAAAUAUCUAACCAGACUUUGCUUGAACAGCCUAAUAUUGAAAUGACAGGGAUGAACGGGCCUCAGGGAGGGGAAAGUGCACAAGCACGAAGCAGCGAGAAAACAGCAGAAGUCAGGUAUUGGCCAAUCACAUCAUCUGAUAUUUGUUUCAAAGGUCAUUAUUGCUCUAUGACAGUUAACAGCAAUGUGUCCUCUGAACAAGUGGAUACCGGAUAUUCAGAAAAAGACCCCACACAGACAAACAUUACUCAGUGUGCAGACCAGUAUGUGGAAACAACAACCUCCGUAAGUAAACCAACAGAAGACAUGGACGUAAGCUUGGUGUCCAAAGACUUGUUUUUUUGUGAUGAUCAAACCCCUGCUCAGCAGUUGGAAAAUAAUUGUUCAAAACUGGACACUAUCCUUGAAGUCAGCUACGUUGAGCCAGAAGACAUCCCAGUACUGGAUCCUCAAAAGAAAAUUGCCUUGUAUGUCACCCAAAAUCCAGAUGUUCAGCACUCUCAUACGGAUGAUAAAAGUGCAGCUACUGAGCAGCACGCCCAGAACCUGCCAUCAUGCUCUGCAGAGGUCAACCAUGAGCUCUUACUGGAGGGAAUCCAUGGAAACCAAGCCUCGGGUUGUUACUUCAGUGAGUCACCUGCCUCUGAGGUGGCAGAUGGUCAGAGGGAACACCACAGGCCAGGAGCCACCGUCUCUAGAAUGGAGGAAACAGUUGAGGCUGCACACAUAGUUACUUACAACGACAGACACCUUGCCAGUCCAGUUUUAGAUGGAACAAAUGAGCAUGGAGAUCUGAAAGAAGACAGUGUGGUCAAAGUGCGCAUGAGAAAGCGUGAGCAUGUUCGAUUGGACUCAAUGGUGUUGCUGCUGAUGAAGCUGGACCAGUUGGACCAGGAAAUUGAGAAUGCCCUCAGUGCCACUUCCUCUAUGGACAGCACCCCCACCCUCCAUCAACGACAACUCCUGGACUUGGAUUUAGGAUCUGUACCAGCAGCAUCACAAAACCCUCCACAUCCACAUGUUCCUGCUGCCUCCAUCUCAGGACCUGCGCCUGCCCUUGGAGCAAAACCUAAGAGUGGGAGCACCUCUCCCAUUCCCGACAAAGAAAAAGCUGAGAUUGAAGCCAAAGAGGCCUGUACCUGGCUCCGGGCAGCAGGGUUCCCACAGUACGCCCAGCUUUAUGAAGAUGCCCAGUUUCCAAUUGACAUCUCUUCAGUCACCAGAGACCAUGACUUUCUCGAUCGGGAUGCAAUUGAGGCUCUCUGCAGGAGACUGAACACCCUCAACAAGUGUGCUUUAAUGAGACUGGAGAUAUCACCGCAAAGAAAACGAAGUGAGGAUUCUGAUGAGGAUGAGCCUUGUGCCAUCAGUGGCCGCUGGACCUUCCAAAGGGACAGCAAGCGCUGGUCCCGUAUGGAGGAGCUGGAGGUUUUCUCCACACUGUCCACAGAUGCCACCCAGGCCCCAUCAUUCCCCAAGGACCAAGUAUCCCAAAAAGGCAAGCUCGCCCUGCGUGAAGGCAACAGUUCAGAGAGUGUGCUGACCGACCUCAGUGAACAGCCGGAAGUGGGCUCCAUCCACAGCAGCGGGAGUGCAGGAAGAGGAGAAGAGAAGGGCCAUGGUGCCGCCCUGGUAAAUGAGGCUGUACCUGCAGGUGCCACUCGUGCCAGCUCUGUAGCAAGCAUGUGUUCAUCCUCGGGUACAGGCGGGUCAGGAUGCGCUAAUGAAGACUCUUUGUCUGAUGGGUUACCCCCAUCGCCCCUGGAGACACUCGGACAAUUCACAUUUGAUGUGAAAACAGGGAUAGGAGGACUAGGAGGGAGUCUGGACAGAGGAGGAGGAAGUGGCAAAAGCACACGCUCACGAGCUAAGAGCUUCCUAAAGAGGAUGGAGAGUCUACGGCUACGCAGUGGCACCUCUUCCAAGAGGAAGAAGAAGGGGAGCACCAAUGGAGGGAAGAUAGAAAUCAGUGGCCCUGUCAUCAAAGAGGGUCUAGAUGAUGACAAGUUGAGGAGGCUCAAUUGUGUGGACAUCUCCAGUAUCAACCUCAACCAGAACCUCAAUCACCACCGCAAUCCCACGCAGACCAUGACACUUCACCGGAAUCGCUCUGUAUCCUACUCCACUCAGACCAGCAACGGCAGCACUGGAAGUACAGGGAGCAGCCAGUCAGAAGCCAGCAGUGGCAGUGCAGUGAGCACGCCAAGCCCAGUGACUCGCGCUCGCAGCCACAGCACAGCAGCGGGCUCUAGUAAGAGAGGAGGAAUGUAUUUGGAGGGUUUUGAUCCUUUUAGCAUUCCCCAACAAGGUUCAGAUCAUCAGCCAACACCCCAACCCAAAUCUACCCCAACCAUCCCCUGCCAAGCUAGUAAUGGGAUGACAGUUGAUGAGCAGAACCGCAGGAAUAACUGCAGUGUUCCAGACAAUAGCAGACAAGUGGAGGAAGAAGAGGAGGAGGAGGGUAUGAUCUUCUUCUACUUACCAGAAGGUCACAAGCCUGGAACUUUCCCCAAAGCCCUGCAAGACGGGAGUUCGCGCAAUAACAAUGGGAAUGAUAACGGAAACUCAGUGAUCCUCAGGGGACGUCAAAGUAGACGCCACCGUCACGGCUCUUCAGGCUCCAUCGAGAGCCGGCUCAGUUUUUAUGACAAUGUCCCCUACACAGAGAGAGAAGAAGAGGGAGAGGAGGAAGAGGGGGAUGAACGCAAACUGGAAGAAGUGCUACAACAUGUCAGCGGCCUGCAGCGUUUUAACACCUGGUCAGAGGCUGUGGCCGGUGAAGAGGAGGAUGAGGAGGAAGAUGAAGAGGAGGAAGGAGACUCGGACUCAGCACUGGACUCAGCCUCCCCAUGCCCGUCUUCUCCUCUGCAGAACCGACUGGAAGAGACUGAGAACGGAAGUGACCAAGACAGCACAGGAAACCCGGUGGGCGAGGGAGAGGAAGGGAUGAGAGAAAGAAGAGAUUCUGGUGUUGGAGCAUCUCUAACCCGAACCAGCAGGCCACAGAAACUCCGCUGGCCGAGCUUCCAGAACUCCCAUCGGCCCAGCUUGGCCUCUGCCCAGCUCCAGAUUAGCUGCCAGUCUGUGUUACAGAUGAAUCUGCUCCAGAAGCUCUCCCUGCUGCAGCUCACUGCUCUGCUGGAGAAGCAUACCCCUACAAACAAACAUGGCUUCAGCUGGGCUGUGCCAAAGUUUAUGAAGCGGAUCAAGGUGCGCGACUACAAAGACAGGAAUGUGUUUGGUGUGCCACUACAAGUCAUCGUCCAGCGGACAGGCCAGCCCCUGCCUCAGGGAAUCCAGCAGGCCAUGCGCUACUUGCGUAAUCAGUGCCUCGACCAGGUGGGUCUUUUCAGGAAGUCAGGAGUCAAAUCUCGAAUCCAAGCUCUGCGCCAGAUGAAUGAGGCAAGCGGCGCCGACGGAGGAGGAGUCAGCUACGAGGGCCAGUCGGCUUAUGACGUUGCAGACAUGCUGAAACAGUACUUCAGAGAUUUGCCAGAACCCCUGCUCACUAGCAAACUGUCUGAGACCUUCCUCCAGAUCUAUCAAUAUAUGCCUAAAGAGCUCCGCCUGCAGGCAGCUCGUGCCGCCGUGCUGCUGCUGCCCGAUGAGAACCGAGAGGCGCUGCGGACGCUGCUGUGUCUGCUGAGUGACGUGACGGCCAGCGUGGCCGAGAACCAGAUGACUCCCACCAACCUGGCUGUUUGUCUGGCCCCUUCUCUCUUCCACCUCAACACCCUGCGCCGCAAGGAAAGCUCCUCGCCAAGGGUGAUGAACCGGAAGCAAACGCUGGGAAAGCCGGACCAGAGAGACCUGAAUGAGAACCUGGCUGCCACUCAUGGCCUGGCACACAUGAUCCAGGAGUGCAGGAAACUCUUCCGGAUUCCAGAGGAGAUGAAUCGCUGCAGGAACUCCUAUGUGGAGCAGGCGCUGCUUCCUCGGCGCUUGGAGGAUCUUGCAGGUGAAGAGGCCGGGCAAGGAGGCUACAGGGCGUACCUACGGGACAGCCUAGAUGCCCUCCUCAAAGAAGCCAAGGACAAGUUCAGAGGUUAUGACAGCUGCUCCACGCCCGAGCACGCCGAGCUGGCCUACAGAAAGGUGCAUGAUGGGUUUCCACUGCGGCUGUGGAAGGUGACCGUGGAGGUGCCUGCAAGUCCUGAGGAGGUUCUGACACGAGUGCUGCGGGAGCAGGGCCACUGGGACGAGGACCUCCUCGAGAGCCGAGUGGUGGAGACCCUAGACGAGAGGACGGAGGUCUACCAGUACGUCAGGAACACCAUGGCUCCACAUCCCACCAGAGACCAUCUGGUGCUCAGAACAUGGCUAACAGACCUGCCAAAGGGAGCAUGUGCACUUGCGUGUAUAUCUGUGGACCACGAAGGGGCACCAGUUGUAGGCGUUCGGGCCAAUGUCCUCACCUCACGCUACUUCAUCGAGCCCUGCGGAGCCAACAAAUCCAGACUCACGCAUAUUUCCAGAACCGACUGCAGGGGUCGUUUUCCAGAGUGGUACAAUAAACUGUAUGGACACUUGUGUGCUGCUGAGUUGGCGCGGAUACGUGACUCAUUCACUACACCCAUGGACAAAUGAGAAAGCAGUGUGCAAUUGGGGCACCAGCAGUCUCAAAAGCUUCUUUGAACCCUGGCCUCUUGGACCACAAUUUGGAUCCUAGUGGGAACGUGAAAUGACCCAUUCCAACCAUUCUGACAGAGAGGUAGACGGGGUCCAAACCUCUUUAUACACACAUUUAAAGGACGAACCCUGGAUUCUGCAUUGAAGGAUUUUUUUUUUUUUCUUUUUGUUGCUCUGAUCAUGUCACAACAGACUGAUGUCAUAAUUUUGAAACUGUUUUAUUGGAGCUCCAGGAGGUGUGUGCUGUCAAGAGGACUCAUGUCGCACAAACGUUUAUCUGGGCCAAAGGACAUGAUGACGCUGAUACAGGAUGUGAUGUUUAAACUUAUCCAAAGGGUGCUAUUGCUUCUGAGAAGCAAGGGGGAUUCAGUGUGUGCGUGUGUGUGUGUGUGUGUGUGUGUGUGUUUGUCUGUGCAAAGCAAAAAACGGUUAAAAAAUACAUAUUCUUGCACUGGUUUCCAGUCGCAUCAUAAUGUGUACAUACAGUAUUCUGUUCAGAGUAAUGGUUGGUGUCUGUCUUAGGUUACCUCUGUCCCUUUUAUUGUUACAGCAAAGCACAGGAGGAAUAGCAGACAACAUUAUGGUCAGUUGACUGAUGAAUCCAUGGGUGAAGAAAGAUGCGAAUGUGCUGGUAAUAUGCGGACUGAGUGGAGACAAUAGACGGGAUAUUGUGAAAUAACAGGUGGCUGAUAGCACAGAGGGUUUUUGUGUUGCAGUAGCGAAAGGCAGAGACAGAUGACUACGGUGGCUGGCUCACCAAAAAGAAAGAAAAGAUCAAAGAAAGAAAGGGCCUCAUUUAUAACAUAGAAAUUGUUGUUUCCUCAUUUCCUCAGGAGGAAUUUAAUCCAGUUAGCCUGAGUGUGUCAUGAGUUUGAUAUGGGAGUUGUUUUUGUUCUUGAAUAUACGUGAGAAGAAUUAGUUACUAUGCUAGUAUAUUCAAGAACAACAUGUAGCCUUUUCAAGAACAUUAAGAGCCUAUAAGGAACUGUCUGUGACUGAGGCUCAGUGUUAGAGAAAGGAAAUGUUGCAUGAUCUGCAAAAUCACGCAGACAAACUAAAACAUAAAACCAACAGAUUUAAUGGACCAAAUUUAGAAAAAGCUAAAAAGAAGUAGCUCUUUGUUAGACGUAGUUUUGGUAAGAGCACAAAAAUGGUAGGUCGGACAUCCCUUGUAAGCAUUAAAAAAAAAGAAAUAAUAAGGAAAAUAUAGUAUUAGUAUUUUGAUAUAUAUGAGAACAGAAAAAAGAAAUGAUGCACUGUUCUAAAUUGCAACCAGUAACUCUGUCUAGCCCUAUAAGAAAAGAUGAGAAGUAAACAGAAAAAAAUGGUCCUUUUAUAAAGGUGGAGAUUUUACAGGUUUUACUGUAAAGAAGAGGGCAGAUUGAAUGUUUGUGUGACUUAAAAGGAAGGAAAAUAUCUUUGCAUAUGCUCUUUUCUCUGUACCGUCUUGUCAGUGUUUAAAAAGAAGUAAGAGAUCUGGGGUCCUCAUAACUAAGUUGACCUUCUUCAUCCGUAACGUUCAUGCUUCAAUCUGAGGGCUCGCUUUUCUUCAUGUUAAUGUAUGAUUAAUUCACUAAGCCAUUGUUCGUAUCAUAAAUGUUUGUAACUAUAACUGUGUCCCUGCCAAAUAAUAACGCAUGACAAUGACAGUUAAUUUAAAACAAAUAUAUUUAUACCUCAGAUAUAUGUUUGUUUUGUAUCAUACCAUUUUAUUUUAUUUUAUUGUAAAUGUUAAGCUUUGUGUUACAGAAAUGAAUAAAUGUUUUAUCUUUUUUAUUAAUAUUAUUUCUGUACAGGUUAAUCAAA